UCUUCUUCUUCUUUCUUGUUCGUCUGCUCCUGCUUCCAAGUUUGUGAUUUUAGGGCUUCUUCUUCGGAGGUGAGAGAGAUAAGAGAUGUCGUAUCUUCUACCCCACUUGCACUCGGGUUGGGCCGUCGAUCAGGCCAUCCUCGCCGAGGAGGAACGACUCGUCAUCAUUCGAUUCGGCCAUGACUGGGACGAAACCUGCAUGCAGAUGGAUGAGGUGCUGGCUUCCGUCGCUGAGACAAUAAAGAAUUUUGCUGUUAUCUACUUGGUGGACAUUACAGAAGUGCCUGACUUCAAUACUAUGUAUGAGCUUUAUGAUCCCUCAACAAUCAUGUUUUUCUUCCGCAACAAGCAUAUCAUGAUUGAUCUUGGUACUGGAAACAAUAACAAGAUCAACUGGGCUCUUAAAGACAAGCAGGAGUUCAUUGACAUUGUUGAGACUGUUUAUCGUGGAGCCCGAAAGGGUCGUGGUCUGGUGAUUGCACCCAAAGACUACUCCACGAAAUACCGUUACUGAGCCAUGUGGUAUUCCUGUAUUGUUUAUCCAAUCCGACUGUAUGACACCAUGUACCUACUAUAGGAAAUUUAUACUCUUUGAAACU